GCGCUACUUAUUUACGGUGACUGCUAUAAUGUUAUAAAAAGGGGGGCGUUAUUCAUAACAGAGCUUCAUUUACUACUGUCGGCAUCUAACGUGUUUUAUCUAGUGAACGCCGCCGAUCUUUUCGCUAUUUCGCUUUCUAUCGCAGGCACUUGGAGUUAGAGCAUUGUGCGAGACUUACAUGUUUCAAAAGUGCGUUCGCAAAAAUGGAAGACAGCGCCGGGCCGAAAAAGAGCACUCUUUCGCAUUUGCCCCAGAGACCUCCCGUUGAUCUUGAAUUUCAGGAUCUAACAUACACGGUUCCGCAAGGGCGCAAAGGUUCAAAACUUAUACUGAGAAGUAUAAGUGGGCAGUUUCGCUCCGGUCAGCUAAGCGCCAUUUUGGGUCCAUCGGGAGCAGGAAAAAGUACACUUUUAAACAUAUUAGCUGGAUACAAAACGUUUGGCGCCGCAGGAUCAGUAUUGGUAAAUGGGGAACCGAGAAAUAUGAAGCAAUUUCGAAAAAUGUCCCGUUACAUUAUGCAAGACAAUCUUCUACAGCCGAUGCUAACUGUCGAAGAACUGAUGAUGGUAGCUGCCGAUCUAAAAUUGAAUCGACAGUUAAGCAAAGAAGAUAAAUUAACCGCGAUUACGGAAAUACUUGUUAUCUUGAGAUUAGCGGGAGCACGACAUACGGCAACAAAUCAAUUAUCCGGAGGCGAGAAGAAGCGACUUUCGGUAGCGUUGGAAUUAAUAAAUAAUCCUCCUGUGAUUUUUUUGGAUGAGCCCACAACAGGAUUGGACCACCAGUCAAGUACCCAGUGUAUCUCAUUACUAAAGCUCCUUGCAGAAGGUGGACGAACAGUAAUAUGUUCAAUACACGCCCCUAGUGCGAAACUAAUAUCCCAAUUUGACAACGUCUACAUUGUCUCGGCGGGGCAAUGCAUGUUUCAAGGGAACGGAGAGGAGAUCGUACCUUUUCUAAGCAAGGUUGGACUUGACUGUCCGAAACACUACAGCCCCGUCGAUUUCAUUAUCGAAGUUGCCAAUGGCGACUACGGCUAUGAAUUCUUGGAUAAGAUGUCAUCGUGCAUGGAUAACGGUCGAAAUACUAACUAUCUCAAAAAGGACGUGAAAGACGUACACCAAAGCAUUAACGAAAUAAAUUCCGCGUCGACGUCAAACGAAAAGAAGAUUAGCCCAUACAAUUACGACUGCUCGGUGUGGUACCAAUUCAAGAUAUUACUGAAGAGGUUUUGGUUACAAACAUUUAGAGACUCUGGAUAUUUAAUUUUCAAAAUGGUACUAUAUGCGGUGUUAGGUAUUCUUUUGGGCAGUUUCUAUUUAAAUAUGGGACAUGACGGUUCGAUGACGAUCUACAAUUUUGGGUUUUGCUACACCUGCAUAAUUGCGUUUUUAUACCUGCCAUUGAUGCCGGUUCUACUUCACUUUCCUGUAGAAGUACAAAUAAUAAAAAGGGAGCACUUUAAUCAGUGGUAUGGUCUAACAGCCUACUACUUAGCUAUGAGUUUUACGACUCUACCCUUGCAUACGGUGAUGACGGUGGGGUACGUUAGUAUCGCCUACUUUAUGAGCGAUCAACCAAUAGAGUUGCAAAGGAUAUCUAUGUUCCUUUUGGUGUGUGUGUUAACAACUUUUAUAUCGGAAAGUUUCGGACUAAUGAUUUCAUCAGUAUUAAAUUUAGUGAAUGGUAUGUUCUUGGGACCAUGCCUCGCUGUGCCUAUCAUGCUCUUGGCAGUUUACGGAAUUGGGCAAGGAUCCGAUAUUCCACCACUGAUACGUUUCGCAAUGUACUUUAGUUACCUACGUUACGGAAUGGAAGGCUUAAUCAUCGCCAUUUACGGAUACGACAGACCAGUACUACCGUGUCCAGAAGAAGUGGACAUAUGUCCGCUGCGCGAUCCGGCGUAUUUAAUUAAGUUUAUGGGAAUGGCGAAUGUGAUAUUUUGGGUGGAUAUAUUAGCACUCAUCGCUUGUUUUCUCAUAUUUCGUUUGGCAAGUUUUUACUUCUUGCGCCAGAGGUUACGACCGAAUAAAACUUUUGCAGCAUUACAUGUUAUCGGUAGAAUUGUUAAGUCACACUUCAGCAUCAGUAGAUAGCUUUCUUGUUUUUAGGUACAACUUGAAUUAGGUUACCUCGAUUGUUUUUUUUUAGCAAAAUAUACUUUACCUAUCAGUC